UUCAUCGGUUUAGGAGUAUAAGUGCCAGUUUUGUCGUGGAACCAUAUCUGGAAAUCGCCCUUCAAGUGAUGUUGUGCUUGCUAAACAGCCUGAGAUUCGAUUGCAUGGCUGCAGUUACUACAAGGGCUUCAUAAUUGAAUACAAACUUUCAAUUUUAACUGGUAAUGUCCAAACUGCUAAACUGAAACUUGGCUUGCAGGCGCUCAUGAAUAAUCGCUCCAUACAAGUGCGGCUAAAUGAAACAGUGCAUGUCAAAAGAACGGCGGGCGAUGAUCAUAAAAAAAUCCUGAAGAAGUUGAUGGAUGUCAGCGAAAAGAAGAAGAAAAAUGGUGAAGAAGAGAAGUUUGAAGACAUACCACCUGCCAAUAAUGAACCAUUGCCGCUUGAGAUGUUCCACAGAAAGGACUUACGCGUGUUCCGAGUUGAACGACUGUUUACGGCACCAGGUGGACAUCGUUUCAUAUUCGGCUUUUACUACGCUCGACCACAUGAAACAUUUUGUGAUUCACAGAGGAUAUUUCACAGAAAUGAGGUGUUUGCCACUCCGCUGUACGACACACUUCCAUUAGAUGCUGUUGUGGGAAGGUGUGCUGUACUGGAUCCAUCGGUGUGGUGCAUAGGAAGACCAACAGUGCCAGAGUUCAAAGAGGCCGACGUAUACUUGUGUGAAUACCAAAUCGAUCGCAAUCAACGUAGCUUUGAAAAGAUUCCAAGCAAGAACCGAUAUCCGAUCAACACUCAGCCCUAUGUCUUCCGAAAGUUUGACGAGCCAAUCACGAUCAAGAGAGAUUUUACACCCUUCAUUGUUGACCCUGCCAAUUCGCCGCCAGUCAAAUCAUCAGCGAAAUUUGAAAAGGAUGCUUUGGAAGCUGCGGUUCUAAAAAAAUUAAAAAUUCAUAAUCUCGACGCAAUCGUAGGGAAACUCUGUUACUCGGAGAGAAAUAGAGUAACGUCGAGCAGAGAUGGAGAAAAGAAAGAAAAGAGGCAUCGAAAAGUCAAUGCCAAGUGA